AUGAAGGAUCAAAACGACAGCCUUACAGUCGAGAGUCUCGAAUUGCACCCCGAGCUACGAAAAAACAAAGUGCUAACAGCCAUGUGUCAUGUUUUCCUGAAAAUGGGAAACGAGUGGUUGACGGCCAAGCAGAUCGUUGCUGCAUGUCACGCGUUAAACGUUAUUCGAUUGAGGCAAGUUAGACAAGGAAAGACUCCGGCCUCAACAAUACAAGGGAGUAUAUCUAUAGUGCUAUCCACUGCGACGCAACUUCAAGUUCCACCGCCAAUAAGCAAACUGAAGUGUGAUGGAGGCAGGGGUACCUAUUACCGUCUAUCACCAGAGUUAUUCCCGAAAGGGUCGAUAUUUUCCGACAAGAUGACAAUAGACACGGCGCCUCAGAUUAUCGCAACGCCUACUAGUGGAAACAGCGUGCAACCAAAACGACGGACCACUAAUAAGAAACGAAAACGAACGGUUCGGGCUUCGAGCCAUUCAAAAAAGCGAAAGCGUGUGGAGGGGUAUAAAGGGCGUCGUCUGGGUCCAUGUGCUUCGGAGCAUCCUAAUACAAAGUCGAAUAGCGUGCAGUCGAACGUAAAGACGAAAGUUGGUCCAGAAUUCGACUGGUUAGACUUAAUCGACUCUGGUUCAGAUCUUUCGGACGUUGAUAGUGACUGGUCCUCCGAAUCUGAAUCUUAUUGUGUUACCAACGGUCGAUUAAACACUGACUCUAUGACUGAGGCGUCUGAAGAGAUGGAGUCAUUGAUUGACAUGCUAUUGACGACGUAUCAGCCAACAGACUUUGCUAUCGAUACAUCAUUAAAGCCGUCUGAUUUCUGCGUAGGUCAACAGACCGGUUACUCAUAUCCACGUUUAAGAAAUCGUCCGAAGAAGAGGGUCGCGAAGCCGCAAUGCGAGGAUUCUUUUUGCAUCAAAGAUUUACACAUGCAAAACGGACAGCCGAUAACAAGGCUAUUUUGCAUUGCUGAUGGACAUGGUGGUGCAGGAUGCUCAAAAUUUUUAACGGAAAGAAUACCCGAAAUGAUCGAAAAACUACUACAGAAUUAUACACCAUUUCAAAUGUGCAAGGUAUCUGUGCAAGAGAAGUUCAAACAAGAUAUGACGGAGGUCAUCAAGUGCCUGGAUAAUGAGUAUCUUGAUCGAAAGAGAGAAGAGUUUCGUCGAUGGCGGAAUCAAGAAAGUAAGGUUGAACCAGUUGAUGAUGGCGCAACAUUAGUGUUGAAUAUUUUUUUUGGUGAUUGGCUUAUAAAUGCCAAUGUUGGGGAUUCGCGCACAGUCCUGGCUCAUGGAAUUAGAAACAAAUGGACAGUCGACUUUGCGAGUGAGGAUCACAAACCAUAUCUUGAGCGUCUAGCACAAAAUAUCUUCUGUAAUGGCGGUAUGUUUGUAGACAACAAUGACAAACCCAUCAAGUUCGAUCCUGUUAGACAUGAGAGACGAAUAAGACCAAGUCUGAAGAGAGCACGUAUUCGACUUCAAGACGCAAAUAAUGAUCUUGGUAUCCCGUAUUCUAAUGGUAGAGGAAUCAACUGGUCACUCAAUGUGGCAGCUACAAUUGGUGAUUUACUUUUUAAGCUUGAUCCCAAUAAGCCAGUAGUAUCUUGCGUUCCAGAUAUAUACUUUACGAGACUAGACCGACUGUCAGAUACUAGUGGGCGUGGAUUUCUGUUAAUGAGCACUGACGGGUUGUUUGACCACAUGUAUGCAAGCAAGCCUGAAGUGCAAAAUCUGACUAUAGCUACUCAAGUCGGCCGAAAAAUAGAUAUUGGAGAGUCACCCAUGGACAUUGUAAAGCAUCUCUGCAAUAGAGAAGGGGAUCGAGAACUUUUCGAGAACACUUUGCAGGAGUAUGAUGAUUGUACUUGCAUUCUAGUUAAGCUGUAG